AUGACCCGUAUUAUCUGGAAGGACAUCAGAGAGAAGUUGAUCUUGCCUUUCCUUGACAUCGACCUCAAGUACUACGAUCUGGGUCUUGAGUACCGUGACCAGACCGACGACAAGGUCACCAUUGAGUCCGCUGAGGCCAUCAAGAAGUAUGGAGUUGGUGUCAAGUGCGCCACCAUCACUCCCGAUGAGGCCCGUGUCGAAGAAUUCAAGCUGAAGAAGAUGUGGCUCUCUCCCAACGGAACCAUCCGUAACAUUCUUGGCGGAACUGUUUUCCGUGAGCCCAUUGUCAUUCCCCGCAUUCCCCGCCUUGUUCCCGGCUGGACCAAGCCCAUCAUCAUCGGUCGUCACGCUUUCGGUGACCAGUACCGUGCUACUGACCGUGUCAUUCCUGGACCUGGAAAGCUUGAGCUCGUCUACACCCCUGUGGGCGGCGAGCCCGAGUCCAUCAAGGUCUACGAUUUCCAGGGUGGCGGUAUCACUCAGACCCAGUACAACACUGAUGACUCCAUCCGCGGCUUCGCCCACGCCAGUUUCAAGCUCGCUCUUGCUAAGAGCCUCCCUCUGUACAUGAGCACCAAAAACACCAUCCUGAAGAAGUACGAUGGCCGUUUCAAGGACAUCUUCCAGGAGAUCUACGAGUCCACUUACAAGAAGGACUUUGACGCCAAGAACAUCUGGUACGAGCAUCGUCUCAUUGACGACAUGGUCGCUCAGAUGAUCAAGAGCGAGGGUGGCUUCGUCAUGGCCCUCAAGAACUACGAUGGUGAUGUCCAGUCCGAUAUCGUUGCCCAGGGCUUUGGCUCCCUCGGUCUCAUGACCUCUACUCUUAUCACCCCUGACGGCCAGUCUUUCGAGUCCGAGGCCGCUCACGGUACCGUUACCCGCCACUACCGCGAGCACCAGAAGGGCCGCGAGACCUCCACCAACCCCAUCGCUUCCAUCUUUGCCUGGACCCGUGGUCUGAUCCAGCGUGGAAAGCUCGAUGACACCCCCGAUGUUGUUGCUUUCGCCGAGGAGCUCGAGCGCGCCUGUAUCGAUGUUGUCAACGAGGAGGGUAUCAUGACCAAGGAUCUUGCCCUUGCCUGCGGCCGCAAGGACCGUGAGGCCUGGGUUACCACCCGUGAGUACAUGGCUGCCGUUGAGCGCCGACUCAAGUCCAACCUCAAGGCCCGCCUGUAA